CAAGCAGAGGAGAAAAUGCUGGCCCUGGUUUAGUCUCAGGUGCCUGAGGCCGGAUCCAUCUCAGCCUUCUGUAAGCUUCUGAAAAUGGGGCAUUUAGUCCAAGCUAGAUUUCCAGGUGCUGUCCAAAGGAAGAUAAAGCUCCCUUAGGGUGAUUUUGUUCUGUUGCAGGCUCUGUCGUACGAUGUUAAAAGAUCAUAACUUGACAACGCAACGGUCUUUGCACCAGCUUGCACCGAAGAAACCAUUUCUUCCGCCUGCAAUGUGGCAUAAUGCAGUAAGAGGCAUGUUCAUUCAAACUCAGGACACGCCAAAUCCAAAUAGCUUGAAGUUUAUUCCAGGUAAACAAGUGCUGGAAUCGAGGACUAUGGAGUUUUCCACGCCAGCAGCGGCCUUUUGCUCACCCUUAGCAAGACAGUUAUUCAGAAUUGAAGGAGUGAAAAGUGUUUUCUUUGGACCAGACUUCAUCACCAUCACCAAGGAGAGUGAAGAUCUGGACUGGAACUUAUUGAAACCAGAUAUUUAUGCGACCAUAAUGGAUUUCUUUGCCUCUGGCUUACCUGUAGUUACUGACGAGGCACCUCGGACAGACACAGCUGCAUCAGAUGAUGAUGAUGAGGUCGUGCUCAUGAUUAAAGAACUGCUGGAUACAAGAAUAAGGCCGACGGUGCAGGAGGAUGGUGGCGAUGUUAUUUAUAAAGGCUUCGAGGAUGGGAUCGUGCAGCUGAAGUUGCAGGGGUCGUGCACCAGCUGUCCCAGCUCCAUCAUCACCCUGAAGAACGGGAUACAGAACAUGCUCCAGUUCUACAUCCCCGAAGUAGAAGGCGUGGAACAGGUUAUUGAUGAUGAUGAUGUGGAGAAAGAAGCAAAUUCUACUUGAGCUGGCAUCAUCUACGGCCAAAUAAGUAUUUACCUCGUGGUGUAUGCAAAGAACCUUCGUGUUGAGGAACAACCAAAUUUGCCUUUCUUUUCAGAAAAAUAGUUGCACUUAACGUCUGUGAAAAUGUAUCAUCAGUUUAAGCAGUUUGUCCACUAAUUUAUUAAACGCCCUGCGUUCAAAAAUGAAUCCUUUUGCUCUGCUUUGUGCUGUGUCUUAAAGAAAUGGCGGGCUUUAAAAUGGUGAUGCAUCUCUCCGUUGUUCUCCCAUACAAACUAUUCAAGACUGAAAAAAAAGAGGCGGCAAAAGCUUCCUGAUUGUCGUUUGUGCAAUAAUAUAUAAAUUUUAUACCCCCAAACCUCAUGGGGUUUGCAGGACUAUCUGCCUUUACAACUGGGAGGUUCAGAUAGUUCAUUUUGUUGAGUCUUGUUCGUUUUAGAGGAUGUAGUGUUGCCAUCACUUGUGGAAAGUGACCUACGUGUUCGCUACCACUGUGCAAAGAAAUAGCAACAGAAACAAAGAAAGGGAGCUGAUUGUUAUAGAAAUCAGAUCUUUUAAAAUAACUGUUAGAAGAAGAUGAUCCUUAUCAGCCUUAGUAAGUAAAGAGACUAAUUAACUUGCUUAGAAGUAAAAUCGUUCAGCUAAUUGUUUGCUUAAAAUUGGAAAAGAUGGUUUCUCAACAUAAUAUUCCCAACGUGCGGUGCUGACAGCACGAAUGACACCGGUGGGACAGCAGAGCAAGCGGACGCGUUUACCUGGGCCGUGUCCUGUUGUUCCGCAGCGCGCACAGAGCUUGGCUGGUGGAGCAGAACACAUUCCAGUUCUAGAGACCAUGGAAGAAAAAUGUUUAUUGUUCCGAAAUCGAGCUACGUAAAUCACGCUUUGCGAGUGCUUCUGUUUCCUUGAGCGCGUGGGAUUGGAUUUCUUCUGGUGACCGGCUUUAGCAGAUGGUUUGCUGACGGAAAUGCUGUUUCUUUGCGCUGCCGCAGCCGAGCUGGGUUUGUGGUCGUUGUUUGGCUUUGGUUGUGGUCGCGUUCCCUGUGCGCAAGGAUUUGACAGUGGCCUGUUCCCUCCUUCCCUCCUCGCCAGUGCAAUUCCACCCGGUCCUGAACAGGAUCAAUUAAAUCAGCGGAGAAUCCUUUAGACAGCGUGCGGAUCAGCAUGUGGUAGCCAUAAACAUAUUACUUGCUGGAAAUUUGAAAAGCAAUAUUUUAGCAAAAUGUUUGUUCGGCUUUCAUGGAGAGUAAUAACCUACAGUCGUUUGAAUUACCCUCUCAGGAUUUGGAAAUUGGUUUGAAAUUAUCAUGUUUUCUUUACUUCGUUAUGAAGCAUCUUAGAAGUGUAUCAAUGAGCCUACCCCCGUGUUCAAUAAGAAUCAGCAAAGCAUAGAAUGGCAAGUAGUGUUCCUGGUUUCUCAAAAAUAGAGAUUUUAGGCCUAAUGUGCCAUAUUAAUGCACUCUAUAAGCCACAACUUAGGCAGAAAAGUAGCUGUUUCAUGUGUUAAAUAAAAUGUCUCUCUUAAA